AUGGCGGCGUUGACCGUGUUGACUGCGUUGACCAUAUCGACCGUGUUGCCGGCAUUGAUGGCGCUGGCCGCGUUGACCACCAUUGGCCAUGUUGACCACAUUGACCGUGUUGACCACGUUGGCCGCGUUGACGACAUCGACCACAUUGACCGUGUUGACCACGUUGAUGGCGUUGAUGGCAUUGACCGUGUUGACCGUGUCGACCGCAUUGACCGUGUUGACCGUGUCGACCGCAUUGACUGUGUUGACCACGUUGACCGUGUUGCCCGCGUUGACUGUGUUGACGGCAUUGACCGUGUUGCCCCUGUUGACCGCAUCGAUGGCACUGACGGCGCUGCCCCUGCUGACUCCCUUGACCGCGCUGCUGCCACCGCCGAGCGCCCGCACCGGUGUGAGGAAUGCGGCCAAGCUUUCCGCCACGCCACGACCUUCUUCCUUCACCGCCAAACCCACGCCGGCUCCUUUGCUUGCCCCCUCUGCCCCGAACGCUUCGAAGGCAGCGCCCAACUGGCCCGCCACCACCGCCAACGCCACAGCCCGGUGGCCAAACCCUACCGUUGCGACGCUUGCGGCAAAGCCUACGCUCAACCCCGCGCCACCUCCGCGCCUGCCGCCCCCCCCCUCAAACCCUACCGCUGCCCCGAGUGCGGCAAAGCUUUCGGGCAAAGCUCCAAACUCCUCCGCCACCAGGUGACCCACACGGGCGAGAAACCUUACAAAUGCCCCGAGUGCGGGAAAAUUUUUAGCCAAAGCUCCAACUUGACGGAACACCGGCAACGCACGGGGGGAGGGGAGCGCCACUUCUGCCCCCUCUGCGGCAAAGGCUUCGCGUUGGGGUCUUACUUGGCCAAACACCGGUUGACCCACACGGAGGAGCGGCCGUACCGCUGUACGGAAUGCGGCAAAGCGUUCCGCCAAAGCUCCAACUUGAUCCAACACCAACGGACCCACACCGGCGAGAGGCCCUACACCUGCGGGUUGUGCGGGAAGAGUUUUGGCCAAAAUUCACACUUGGCCAAACACCGGCGGACCCACACCGGGGAACGGCCCUAUCGUUGCGGCGAUUGCGGGAAGAGUUUCCGGCAAAGCGCCAAUCUCUUGGAACACCGGCACACCCACACGGGCGAGCGACCCUACCGUUGCGCUCAAUGCGGCAAGACCUUCGGCUGGAGUUCGGCCUUCAGCAAGCACCAACGGACCCACCUGGCUUGUGGCCCCAUGGCCCCGCGUGGCCCCAUCAGCCCCCGCGGCAGCCGCCCCUCCCCCCCCCACCACCACCACCCCCAUUGUCCGGCGCCGCCCCCAGCGCUGCCACUUUGGGCCCCCAUGGAGCCCCGCCCCGCCCCGGAGCCGGCUGAUGGGGGGAGGGGCCCAGCCGCCACCUGCCCAGGUCCCCCUCCACCCCCCCGCCGCUUCGUGAACCUCAUGGGCCUCCAGGAGGCAUCCCCGUCCCGCAAACGCUACCAUUGCACCGACUGCGGCAAGACCUAUGGCCAAAGCGCCAAUUUCCUGGAGCACCAGAGGACCCACACGGGCGAACGCCCCUUCACCUGCGUCCAAUGCCAGAAGAGCUUCAGCCGAAGCUCCACCUUGGUGGAACAUCUCCGCAUCCACACCGGGGAGAAACCCUACGCGUGUCCCGUUUGCGCCCGCGCCAUCAGUAGAAGCUCCACCUUGACGGAACAUCGUCGGAUCCAUACGGGAGAAACUCCAUAUUCUUGUCCGGAAUGUGGGAAGACCUUUGGUAGAACUUCCAGCUUGGUCAAACAUCUCCGGAUCCACACGGGUGAGAAACCCUACGGUUGCGUUCGUUGCGGUAAGACCUUCAGCUUGAGCUCCAAUUUGGUCAAACACGAGAGGAACCGCGGGGACAAACCGUUCUCCUGCCUUCAAUGCCCCAAACGCUUUAAGAAGACGACCCACUUGACGUCCCACCAAAGGACCCACACCGGGGAACGACCUUACCGGUGCGGGGAAUGCGGGAAAGCGUUUGGUCAAAGUUCAACGCUCAUCGAACAUCAACGCAUCCACACAGGGGAACGACCCUACCGCUGCGGCGCGUGUGGCAAGAGCUUCUGCGUCAGCUCCAACCUGGUCAAGCACCAACGCAUCCACACGGGCGAGAAGCCCUACGGUUGCGGGCGCUGCGGCAAGAGCUUCCGCUUCAAGUCCCAGUUCACCCGGCACCUCAAGGUCCACCCCGAGGGGGAUGGGGUGGCCACCAGGAGGUCCGUCCCCCUCCACCCCCCCGCCGCUUUUGUCAACCUCUUGGGCCUCCUGGAAGCAUCCCCGUCCCGCAAACGCUACCAUUGCACCGACUGCGGCAAGACCUUCGGCCAAAGCUCCAACCUCUUGGAGCACCAGAGGACCCACACGGGCGAACGCCCCUUCACCUGCGUCCAAUGCCAGAAGAGCUUCAGCCGAAGCUCCACCUUGGUGGAACAUCUCCGCAUCCACACCGGGGAGAAACCCUACGCGUGUCCCGUUUGCGCCCGCGCCUUCAGUAGAAGCUCCACCUUGACGGAACAUCGUCGGAUCCAUACGGGAGAAACUCCAUAUUCUUGUCCGGAAUGUGGGAAGACCUUUGGUAGAACUUCCAGCUUGGUCAAACAUCUCCGGAUCCACACGGGUGAGAAACCCUACGGUUGCGUUCGUUGCGGUAAGACCUUCAGCUUGAGCUCCAACUUGGUCAAACACGAGAGGACCCACACGGGGGACAAACCGUUCUCCUGCCCUCAAUGCCCCAAACGCUUUAAGAAGAAGACCCACUUGACGUCCCACCAAAGGACCCACACCGGGGAACGACCUUACCGGUGCGGGGAAUGCGGGAAAGCGUUUGGUCAAAGUUCAACGCUCAUCGAACAUCAACGCAUCCACACAGGGGAACGACCCUACCGCUGCGGCGCGUGUGGCAAGAGCUUCUGCGUCAGCUCCAACCUGGUCAAGCACCAACGCAUCCACACGGGCGAGAAGCCCUACGGUUGCGGGCGCUGCGGCAAACGCUUCCGCUACAAGCCGCAGUUCACCCGGCACCUCAAGGUCCACCCCGAGGGGGAGGGCGUGGGCCACCGGGAGGUCUUGAGAGGGCUUGGAGGAGGAGGAGGUGGACAUCAACGGUGCUGCGGUGUGGUCUACCAUGAUGGUUUCUUCAUGAGAACCUAAAGAAGGAAGGUGGCUGGUGGUGGCCACCAUGGUUGGAGAUGGUUGUGGUUCCUGGUGGCAUCUGCAGAUGGAUUGGGGGACACUUUGGGGACAUUUUGGGGACGUGAUGUGGUGGUGGCAUCUCCAUAACAUGCUCUAUCAUCAUGGCUUCUUCAUAAAGACCUAAAGAAUGGACGUGGUUCAUGGUGGCCACCAUGGUUGGACGUGGUUUUGGAUCCUGGUGCUGCUUUGAGAUCAACUGGGGACUAUUUGGGUAUGUGAUGUGGGUGGUGGCAUCUCCAUGACGUGCGUCCAUCAUCAUGGCUUCUUCAUAAAGACCUGAAGAAUGAACGUGGCUCAUGAUGGCCACCAUGAUUGGACAUGGUUGUGGUUCCUGGUGGCAUCUGCAGAUGGACUGGGUUCACUUUGGGGACAUUUUGGGGAUGUGAUGUGGUGGUGGCAUCUCCAUGACAUUGUCCAUCAUCAUGGCUUCUUCAUAAAGACCCAAUAAAGGAACGUGGCUCAUGGUGGCCACCACGGUUGUA